AGGCGCUCGAUUUCUCCAGGUGUAAAGGAUGACAGCAGCUGCGACUUGUGUAAGCGGCAUGCUGCUGAGUCUGCGCGCUCAACGACACCAGCCAUGUUCGCCUUUGCUUUAGUGGCAGGCUCGCUUUGGAUGAUACUAGAGCUGAGCACUACACUAAUUGAGAGGAUGCAGGUGCAGGAGCAAUACUUUAGCCUGUGGCAAUCUGAAUUGGAAAAGCUGCUUCAUCUGGUCUGCUCAACACCCACUGCUGCGCUGUUUGGGCUUGGUGCUCUGACUUCCAUGUUGGCUUACUGGCUGGCAACACGUCCACGCCCCCUAAUACCCCCAUGUGACCUUCAGCACCAGUCUGAAGAAACUGAGGGAGGUGGCCAUAAAUCAAUGUUGGUUGACAAUCCCAAGCUGUUCACACGCUACUAUGAAGACACAAAAACCUUGUAUGAGGCAUUCCAGAGGGGCCUGCACAUAACUGGUGAUGGACCAUGCUUAGGUUCUCGGCUCCCAAAUCAACCUUACCAAUGGCUAUCUUAUCGAGAGGUCACAACACGGGCAGAGCACUUGGGCUCAGGCUUACUGUCUCAGGGUUGCCAACCCAAUUCCAAGCAGUUUAUUGGAGUGUUUGCUCAGAAUAGGCCAGAGUGGAUAAUCUCCGAGCUGGCUUGUUACACCUACUCCAUGGUGGUGGUACCACUUUACGACACACUGGGGCCUGAUGCAAUUCAAUACAUAAUCAAUAUUGCAGAAAUAUCUACAGUGAUCUGUGAUAAACCUGAAAAGGCCAAGGCACUUCUAGAUAAUGUAGAGCAGAAGACGAUGUUGACUCUUAAGACGGUUAUCCUCAUGGACCCAUUUGACAUAGAUCUUGUGGAACAGGGCAAGAAGUGUGGUGUUUUCAUCCAGGCCCUGAAACAUGUAGAGGCCAUUGGGCAAGAGCAUUACUGCAAGCCAAUGCCACCUUGUUCAGAAGACCUUUCAAUAAUCUGCUUUACCAGUGGCACAACAGGAAAUCCAAAGGGUGUGAUGCUUACACAUGGGAACAUUGUUGCUGAUAUUUCUGGCUUUCUGAAAGCAACAGAUAAAGUUAUAUCUCCAAAUCAAGAAGACGUUCUCAUUUCUUUCUUGCCCCUUGCACACAUGUUUGAGCGGCUUAUUGAGGCAGUGGUGUACUGUCAUGGGGGCAGAAUUGGCUUUUUUCAGGGUGAUAUACGUCUUCUUGCUGAUGACAUGAAGGCCCUGCGCCCCACUGUCUUCCCUGUGGUGCCACGGCUUCUCAACCGCAUGUAUGAUAAGAUCUUUACUCAGGCCAAUACCCCUGUGAAGCGUUGGCUCCUUAAUUUUGCUGCGAAAAAAAAGGGAGAAGAGGUCAGCAGUGGGAUCAUCCGCAAUAACAGCAUAUGGGAUAAGAUCUUCUUCAGCAAGAUUCAGGCUAAUGUAGGUGGGAGGCUUCGAAUGGUUAUAACUGGUGCUGCUCCUACCUCUCCUACGGUACUCAGCUUCUUGAGAGCAGCUUUGGGCUGUCAGGUGUAUGAAGCAUAUGGACAGACAGAGUGCACAGCCGGCUGCACCUUCACCACCCCUGGAGACUGGACUUCUGGUCAUGUAGGGGCACCACUACCAUGCAACCUCAUAAAACUUGUGGAUGUGCCAGAGAAGAACUACUAUACCUCAAAAGGAAAGGGGGAGGUGUGUGUAAAAGGCCCAAAUGUCUUUAAAGGCUAUCUGAAGGAUCCAGUUAUGACGGCAGAGACACUAGAUUCGGAUGGAUGGCUACACACAGGAGACAUUGGGCAAUGGUUACCGAAUGGCACAUUAAAGAUCAUAGACAGGAAGAAGCACAUAUUUAAGCUUGCACAGGGUGAAUAUAUUUCUCCUGAGAAGAUUGAGAACAUCUAUAUUCGCAGUGAGCCUGUGUCUCAGCUCUAUGUUCAUGGAGACAGCCUACAGUCUUGUCUGGUUGGGAUUGUUGUUCCUGAUCCUGAAGUGUUGCCUUCAUGGGCCCAGAAAAAAGGCAUUGAUGGAUGCUAUGCUGAUCUGUGUAAAAAUGUGGCUCUAAAAAAAGCCAUCUUGGAUGAUAUGGUAUGUUUGGGCAAAGCUGGUGGCCUCCAUUCAUUUGAGCAAGUAAAAGACAUCUACAUUCAUAAUGAAAUGUUCUCCAUAGAAAAUGGAUUGCUGACUCCCACAUUAAAAUCCAAGAGGCCAGAGCUUAAAGUAUAUUUCAAGCAGCAAAUAGAACAUCUGUAUGCCAACAUCAAAAUGUAAAUAUCCCUUUUGCUAAAUGUGGACUGCGGACUCUUUUUUAUAGUGAUCAAUUGUUUGUCAAUAAUUUGUCCAAAUACCAAUACAGCUACAAAAAGCAUGAAAACAAGCCAUGCUUGA